CCUCGCCGUCUGAACCCGCCUUCCUUCCUGGCCCUCACUGGUUAUGGCUCCUCGCUUGCCCCGCCCUCGGUGGCCUCCCGGGUUCCCAGGAGGGUCUGUCUGAACCCUGCGGAGCCGGCGGCAGGGAGCCUGAAGGGGCGUCCAGCUUCCGCCAGUCUUGGGAUUUAGACACGGACCGCCCGGCUGCAGCCUCCGCCCUCCCAAGCGUCUAGGGCGAAGGGGCCGCGCCCACCUUCCAAUGGUGGCCGGCGCUUUCGUCCCUGACACUUUGUCCCGACGUACAAGCCUCCAGGCCCAGCCUGGUUCGCCCGUGUCCAUCCUGGGCAAAGCGGGAGGGUCAGGCUCGGCCCCCUCUCGGGCUCCGACGCGCUGGCCGCGCUCGGAACCCCAGACUCGCGGCCCCGGUUUCUGGCGGACACAGGCGCUCAGCGGCCCGAGCCCACGGAAACGAGAUCGGAGGGCCGGGACAGGGCAGGACCGGAGAUGGCGCCGCCGGCAGGCGGAGCGGCGGCGGCUUCGGACCCAAGAUCGGCCGCGGUGCUGCUGGCCGUGCACGCCGCGGUGAGGCCGCUGGCCGCGGGGCCGGACGCCGAGGCGCAACUGCGGAGGCUGCAAUUGAGCGAGGACCCCGAGCGGCCCGGGCGCUUCCGACUGGAGCUGCUAGGCGCGGGGCCCGGAGCGGUCAGUUUGGAGUGGCCCUUGGAGUCAGUCUCCUACACGGUCCGAGGCCCCAGCCAGCAUGAGCUGCAGCCUCCACCAGGAGGGCCUGGGACCCUAAGCCUGCACUUCCCCAACCCUCAGGAAGCUCAGCGGUGGGCAGCCCUGGUCCGAGAUGCCACCGAGGAGGGACAGAAUGGCAGCAACAGCCUGCCUCCAGCCCUGAGCCCAGAAACGUGCCCUGUUUCCCCACCCAGUCCCCCCGAAGUGCCCACACCCAAGGCCCCUCAACCCAAGGUGGAUGUUCCCUGGAGCCCUGGAGACUUGAUGGAGAAAGCAGAACUGGCAGGGCGCCUGGCGCGAGCCAUCGAGGGUGGCGAUGAGAAGGGGGCAGCCCAGGCGGCAGCCGUCCUGGCCCAGCAUCACGUGGCCCUCAAUGUUCAGCUCCAGGAGGCCUGCUUCCCGCCUGGCCCCAUCAGGUUGCAGGUCACAGUUGAAGAUGCUGCGUCCUCUGCUCACGUCUCGCUACAGGUCCACCCCCACUGCACCAUCGCGGCCCUCCAGGAGCAGGUACUCAAGGAGUUGGGCUUCCCACCAGCAGUGCAGCGCUGGGUCAUUGGGCGGUGCCUGUGUGCGCCAGAGUACAGCCUGGCUUCCUAUGGGGUCCGGCAGGACGGGGACCCUGCUUUUCUCUACCUGCUUUCAGCCCCUCGAGAAGUCCCAGGACGCAGCCCGCAGCACCUCCAAAAGACGGAUGGGGAGUUAGGCCGCCUGUUUCCUCAGUCACUGGGACUGCCCCGAACCCCCCAGCCCGCCAACUCCAGCCUCCCCAGCCCUCUUCAGCCCGGCUGGUCCUGUCCUUCCUGCACCUUCCUGAACACCCCAAGCCGACCUGGCUGUGAGAUGUGUAGCACCCAGAGGCCCUGCGUGUGGGACCCCCUUCCUGCAGCCUCCACCCAGCAGCCACCGAAGGUCACAAGGAAAGAGGAUGGCCCUUCCCUUCCAGGCCCAAGGUCCCUGGACCCCCUCCUGAACCUCUCAGGGGACCUCUGCUGACUGCUCACUGAGGACAGAGGCAGAGCCAUUAAAGUACUUCUGAGCCA